UAUAGCCUUCAUUCUGCACUUUGGUCAAUGUAAACAAGUAAACAUUGAUAAAGAUUAUACAUCGCUAUCAAAGUGUACAUGUACAUAAAUUCAUAUUACCACAGUAAGUUUUGAACUACAAUCCGCAUUUUACAGACAGAAUUUUUUUUUCAAGGAAGAUUUGAAGUCAAUAAGACUAGCUAUGGAGAUACCUGAACAGUUUUCAAUCAAUUUAUCACGAGAGCAGAAGAUGCAUCUGGUUCCAUUUUUUGCAACAUGGUUGAUCUACUUUGUUCUGUACAUGCCAUUCUGGGGAUACCCCCCGGAGACGCUUGGAUCCGUAUUUUUCAAAGUUCUUCCGAUCAUUAGUUUGUGUUACUAUGUGAUUUCCACAUCAAAUGGCUUCAAAGGAUUUCCAAAGAAAGACGAACUGAUUCCUGACGACGACCGCGCCAGACACUUUUUAUUUGCUCUUUUAUUUUCGGCUGUGGGAGACGCUUGUUUAGUUUGGCGGGAACUUCUAUUUGUGCCUGGACUACUGUCGUUUGCAAUUGCACAGACUUUGUACUGUAAAGGACUAAAUGGCGCUUCAGAAAAGAGUAGGACUAAGGAUUUAUUUUUCCUGCUUGGAUUAGACAUAUUUUUGAUAAUUCAAAGUGGUAUAAGUUCUUAUGUACUGUCGGCUUUAGUCGGCAUGUACAUCGCACUAAUCUUUGCCGUUGCAUGGCGCGCAACAGCACGGUACGAGCUGGAGGGAAGUAAAGCAGCGUUUGCUGGUUGCGCAGGAGCAUUGAUUUUUAUCUUUUCGGACUUUAUAAUAGCUGUGGAUAAAUGGUGUUUCCACGUUCCAUUCGCACCAUCUAUGAUAAUGAGUUCUUACUAUAUAGCUCAGCUUUUCCUUAGUCUAAGCACGAGUAAAGACCUUCAUUAGGACCUCAAUUAGAUUUACAAUUACAAGAAUCACUGUGCAUGUUGUAAGACACUGGAUAUGUGAAUUUAUUAUUUAAAUGAAUGUGCAAUAAAUCAUCUUGUUUCAUUUUUUUGAUAGUCAAGCAACAGUAUGUGGAUGAAACAGCUUCUGUGCAGGCUUGUGUUCAUAAAUCAUGGACAUUGCACGAGCUGUGUGUGCAAAACCUACCAUACAACUUUCUUAGUUUGCUGGAGUUAUUUGGAGACUAUGCAGAUGGAAAGUAUACAGGCAUGAUUAGGAUUUGCCAAGUUUCACGCUGUCAGCUUUUUGUUCAUAAUUAUAUAUCCGGUCUUAAUAUGCUAACAUAUGCAUUGCCAAAAUCUAAACAUAUGUAAAACCACAAAUAAUGAUUAAAUACGCACAAACACAAAUAAUGGUUACACAUCAUUUCUGUAUAUAUAUCGCGUGAAUGGUGUAGGAGAUUAAGUGGUAAAUCAUUUUACUGUAGUUCUAUUCUUACCGUUUUGAUUAUUUUUUAAUCUCAUGACAUUAAAUUUCUUUUUGUAAGUAGA